GCACUGUGUAGCGUUACUUGUGUGCGUUCUUCCUCAUCACUUCCUUCUCGCUCAUUUAAACAGUCUGUGGAGUUUGUAGACAUGGAGUGAUUUAUGGAAUAGGUCUUGUCAGACCGAAGCUUCAGGUGUCAUUGCAGAGCUGAGUAGUUGAAUCUAAAACGUAAAAAGAAGCCAUACUUUAGUUUCGCAGAGUAUACAAUGGCGGCGUACGAGAAAGCGGUAGCUACAUCAUUUAUGGAUCCCUUUAAAGACAUUCUGGUGAAUUAUUUAAUGCCAGAAAAAUGUUACGACGAUUUUUUUCUGAAUUUUAAUUUUCUGAAUGUGGACUGUCUCAAGAUAGUUAUAAGCAAAGGUUUGGGCAUUGGAAUCAUUCUUGGUUCUGUAUUGGUAAAGUUACCUCAGAUCCUCAAGCUGAUGGGUGCUAAGAGUGCAGAGGGUCUAAGUUUUAACUCUGUCCUGCUGGAGCUGUUUGCUAUCACAGGCACUAUGGCCUACAGUAUCGCCAAUAGCUUCCCCUUCAGUUCCUGGGGUGAGGCUUUAUUUCUCAUGUUGCAGACAGUCACCAUUGGCUUUCUAAUCCAGCACUACAGUGGAAGUACUAUCAAAGGACUGGGCUUUAUAGUCAUCUACAUUAGCUUGAUGACUGUCCUCAUCUCUCCUUUUAUCCCCAUGUCUGUUGUCACCACCAUGCAAGCCUCCAACAUGCCAGCCAUAAUCUUCGGAAGGCUCAUUCAGGCAGGCACCAACUACAGAAAUGGGCACACUGGACAGCUAUCAGCUAUUUCUGUGUUCCUGCUUUUCGGUGGCUCCCUGGCACGCAUAUUCACCACAGUGCAGGAGACGGGUGACACGCUUAUGGCUGUUACUUAUGUCAUCUCAUCCUGCUGUAAUGGACUAAUUGCUGCUCAAGUUCUGUAUUACUGGAACGUCAGUCCAGCCCAUAAGAAGACAGAGUAAACCAGCAGCAAAACUACAAUGCAUCGAAAUGCUCCUGUUAAACCUCUGCUCUGAAAUCUGCUUCUGAUUUUGGAAGAUAUUGAGAUUGAGAAAAAUUAAAUACCUGUUCUGAUAUCUUUCUAGGGCACAAAUUGUCACAGUAUGAUUGACAAUGUAUCAAAACCAUUAAUUAUUAAAAUAGACAGCAUUAUAUUUAGUAAAAUGCAUUGUGUAGGACCAAAAAAUCUCAGUUGGACCCCUUAUAUCUCUAUUUAAUAUUUCACUUUGACCUUAAGAUCACAGAUUACAAUGCUUAAUUGGACCAUUAUUUUAUAAUUUUAUUAGCUCAGGGAGUGAAGCUGUGAAAUCUUUGCUGUUCCUGUUUAGAAGAUUCCUUAUGUUCUUUAAUCAAUAAACAUGUAAUAGAUAAAAUGUGAGUUUCCUUACAACUUACACACUUGUGUGAGAACUAGGAACUGAAAAUACAUGCAUGUACACUGUGAAAAUACUUGCCUCACAAGUUUUUAUUACAUGAGAAUUACAAAUGUUAUUUUUUUCUUUUAAUUUGGCUUUUUAGUUUUAUGCUGCAUUGUGAUGAAUUGCUUCUUGUGAUAGUAGCCUUUCUGAUUGGAACCCCCUGUUUUUGUAACAUACAAGCCCCAUUGCUGAAAAAAGUUGGAACAUUUAGUAAAAUGUAGUUAUAAAGAAGAAUAUGCAAUUUGUUAAUCCUCUUGAAUCUUUAUGUAACUGUUAAAAGUACAAAGAAAAAAUUUCCAAUGUCUUAUGCACUUAUCAACUUUACUGUAGUUUGUAAAUAUAACACAUUUAGAAUUUGAUGCCUGCAACACACUCAAAAAGUUGGGACAGAGGCAAAAUUAGAGUGAAAAGUUUUUAGAAUAUUCAAGUUAGAACAAUCCAGUUGGUGCACCACUGCAUCAAGAAAUGCAACCUGAAAUUUUCUUACACAAAGAGAAAGCUGUGCAUUUGUUCUGUACAAAAAUAUUGCUGAGUUCCCUGGGCUUGAGCUCAUCUGAAAUAAAAACAUGGCUGUGGUCAGUCAACCUUUUCCAUCACCAACUUGCAUACGUGUGAAGGUAUCAUUGACACAGAGGUGUAUAUUAGGAUUUUAGACACAUGCUGCCAUCAAGACGACAUCUUUUUCAAGGAAAUCCAUUGUUAUUUCAGCAAGAUGGUGCCAACUCUUAUUCUGUACACACUGCAACUGUAGACACAGAAUUUGUGUGCUUGACUGGCCUGUCUGCAUUACAGAUCUGUCUCCUAUUAAAAAUGUAUGGAGCAUCAUGAAAAGGAGAAUCAUAUGACGGUGACCACAGACUGUUGAGCAGUUGAUGCCUUAAAUCAAGCAAGAAAGGAAAACAUUCCACUUGCAAAACUGCAACAAUUACUGUUCCCAGUUCCCAAAACCAUUAGAAAUUUUCAUUAAUAGAAAGGGUGAUGGAACACAGGGUAAACAUGCAUUUAAAGUGUGUUGCAGGCAUUAAAUUCUAAAUAUGUUUAUAUUCAACCCCCACAAACGUUGAUCAGUGAAAACAUUUAAGAGAAUUAACAAAUCACAGACAAAUCAAAUUACAAAGACAAAUCAAUUAACGGCAUUUUACAAAACGUUUAUGCUGGAAGUGGGGUUUGUUGUAAGACAGGAUAACCAAGCAAUAAAGCACUUCCACUUAGCAUGUUUGCAUUGCUUUUUUUCAGGGUGAACAAACAGAAGUUGGUCAAGAAUUGUGGUUUAAGAAUUUAAGCAGUGGUAGCUCAGUGGUUAAGGUACUGGACUAAUAAUCAGAUGUUUGCCAGUUCAUACCCCACUGCCACCAAGUUGCUACUGUUGAGCCCUUGAGCAAGGCCUUGAACUCCCAAUUGCUCAAGUUGUAUUCAGUCAUAAUUGUAAGUCGCUUUGGAUAAAAGUCUGUGCUAAACGCUGCAAAUGUAAAUUUAAUAUAAACAUUUGAGCUUGAAA